ACUAUAGUAAUAGGACAUACGUUCAUUGUGCUUUGCUUUUGAUCUUCAGCUCCGAGGUUGAGAUGCUCUCCCAUGGGAAAAAGAAAAAAGGAAGAAGAGCUGGGCAGAAGGAAACCGACUUCACCCACCACUGAAAUACUUCCUACCUGAAGCACAGCUCUCUUGCGAGAAGAACAUGAUGGCAGCUCUUCACAGUCCCCUAAUUAAGGGGCUUGGGUUGGGUCCUGACUCAGGGGGAAAUACAACACCACUGAGAGGCCCCCCGCACAGCACCUGAGCACUCACAGCCAAGCCUGGGCUUGGCCCCAGUGGACAUAUGAGAACAGGUGCCUGCCAGAAGGCGGGAGGCCUGCUAUUGCCAGGUCCACCAUGUGAAUCACAAUGACUGCAUGAGGUCACGGAAUGUUGAAGAUGAAAUGAAAGUGGCUCCUGAGUCACAAAGUCACAGGGGGGUGGGCAUCCUUUUGACAGGGCUCCCAGCAAUAGAGCAGUCCCACUCUCCCGGAUGAGCUGGAGUAGUAGCUACCUCUCCCAGACAGAGUUGGGGUCAAAUUCAUGCACAUCCAAUUUCCAUCAAAGCCCACUCUUCCCAGGGCUUGCUGGGAGGGAAGGAUAACUGCAGGCUCCCCUGGGAUGCCCCCUCAUGAGAGAAGUUCACAAAGUUUGAGACAGAGGCGAAUGGACAGGUGUGCUUCUUAGGGAAGCAGUCAAGAGGUGGCAAGAAGUUGGCAGCUGCCCUCAAGAGGGUCCUGGCACCAUGGACAAUGACAAGCCUCUUCAGCCUGAGACAGAAGGUGAAAGGGCAUCCCAUCUCUCACCACUCAGACCCAUCCCCGCUGCCUCAGUACAACACCUAGUGAUCACAGGACCCUGAAGCCCACUUCUUUCCUCACCUGGGACCCUCUAGAAGUGGGAUGAUGUGUUAUACUGACUUGGGUUCAGGGCUUGGCAAACAAGAAGAGUUGGCUACAGUGCUAUGCUAGAACUAUGUCAUACUGGCUCCAGCCAGCUUUAAUUUGUAUUGUGUGGGCUGGUUGAUACCAUAUUUAUAGUUUGAAAUCAGCCACAUUGGGAAUAUUUACACCACAUGAAUUGGCUAACACUAUAAAUCAGGAUAUUUUUGGUGUUUUGUUUUUUUUUUUUUUUCCUGGAGAAUCAACUGUUAAAUAUUUACCAGCAUCCUACUGGUUGUAUGGAGUUCUAAAUUGUUUGACAAGGAAAUUAAGACUUAAAAAUUCAUCACUUUUCUAAGGCACUCAGCAGUUUGGCAGCCAAGCUGCUGUCUGUCUUCUAACUACCAGGCUACUGCUACCUGCACUGUGUAUCCCAGACAGGCUGGGAGAUAAAUGUUGGAACCUGGGUCUAUGGACAAGGAUUAAGAAAGAACAUGGACUCAUUAGGAACCCCACCAUCCUAGAAUCUGGGUGGUCAAAACUUGCGACCCCUGCCACAAACGCUCAGCCCACCCAAUGAGUGGGUUGGCUAAAUUCUGACACGUCAUUCAGAGGCAUAGUGUGGCUUCUUGAAACUACUGAGUCCUGCUGAUGCCUGAGAAUUGAGCUCUGGAUUUUAUGUGUGGCUUCCACAAGCCUAUGGCUGAUCCCAGGUCAGUGGCCCAGAGGUGGUAAAACCACAUCUAGCAAGUGUAGAGGACUGGUGUGAGGGAAGCUCUGUUCCCAGUAAUAUGAUUAAUUCAUCACUAUGAAUUAAUCAUAGUAAUUCAUUUCAACCCAAGGGAGAUUUUCAAGCCCCUCCUUUCCUGAUCACAAAUCAAUGUUAGAUUGGAAGGAAGAGAAGGUAAGUCAAAUUCUUACCCAUGCCUGGGUAUCGGGACUGGCUGAGUUGAAACAAAGACUCUGUUAAUGCAAACAACACCUUCACCCUCUCUCCUCCCAGUUUCCUCCAAGAAGGGAAGGAUCAAAAGAGAACACUUGUGAAGCAAGGGGAGAAUGACACUGGUUCCAUCUGACAGGGCCAGCCUCAAACUUCCCAGGCCAAGGCUAACCCAGUCACCCUUCCUUCUCUUGCUCUCUGGAACUGCUCCUGGUCCAUUUUAUUUUCUAUUUGACCUAAGUUGCCACCUGCCCUGGCCCGCCCUGCCCUUAUACUCCCUGGCACCAUUUGUGCCUGACAAUAAGGAAGCCUAUGUAUCGGGACCCAACCUUUCACCUGAAAGAGUGCCAGCACACCUCAAAACCCACCCAAACACAUAAGAAGGGGAAAGUGUGAGCAAGGAGCUGAUCUCCAAGGCAGGCCUCAGACAGGGAAGCGGGCAGGAGCAGCCAGUCUCCAGGGAGCAGAAGGGAGUUGGUUUCACAAGCCCCCAUGGACCCAGCAGUCAGAGGCAGUGCUAAUGGGGAAGGCAGGUUUGUAGAGCGGACUUGCCCUGGCAGGGCUUGGCACCUUGAGGACCUGGGACUCAGAGGAAGGGAGCAGAGACAGGGGCGGUAGCGGCAGGCUUUACUGGAGAGGCCAGCAGGUUUUAUUCCUGGCAUCAAGGAGAUGAGUUUUUUUCUUCCAGAUGAGACUGAAACUGAGCUAGUACCACAGAGCAGUGAUAAAACGCUCUACUGUGAGGCCGAACCCCCGCCAACUGUAGAAAAAGUGAAACCAGCCCGGGAGAAUUCCGAAACAGACCUGGAGAUUGAAGAUAAUGAGAAAUUUUUCACCACUGGACAAAAGGAGCUGUACCUGGAGGCCUGCAAACUGGUGGGUGUAGUGCCUGUCUCCUACUUCAUUCGGAACAUGGAGGAGUCCUACGUGAACCUCAACCACCACGGCCUGGGCCCCAGGGGUACCAAGGCUAUUGCUAUAGCCCUGGUGUCCAACACGGCUGUUACCAAACUGGAGCUGGAAGACAACUGCAUCAUGGAGGAGGGCGUCUUGAGCCUGGUGGAGAUGCUACAAGAGAACUACUACCUCCAGGAGAUGAAUAUUUCCAACAAUCACCUUGGUUUGGAGGGGGCCAGAAUCAUCUCAGAUUUCUUCGAGAGAAAUAGUUCUUCCAUCUGGAACCUUGAGCUUUCAGGAAAUGACUUCAAGGAAGAAUCCGCAGCACCGCUCUGCCAAGCCCUGUCGACCAAUUACCGAAUUAAGAAGCUGGAUCUCAGUCACAACCAAUUCUCUGAUAUAGGAGGGGAGCAACUGGGCCAGAUGCUGGCCAUCAAUGUGGGGCUUACAUCACUGGAUCUGAGCUGGAAUAACUUCCAUACAAGGGGAGCUGUGGCCUUGUGCAACGGUCUCCGGGGUAAUGUGACCCUGACAAAGCUGGAUCUCUCCAUGAAUGGCCUUGGGAAUGAGGGGGCUGUGGCCCUAGGGGAGGUCCUCCGACUCAACAGCUGCCUGGUCUACCUGGAUGUCAGCGGCAAUGACAUCGGCAAUGAAGGGGCCUCCAAAAUCAGCAAAGGACUGGAAUCCAAUGAAAGCCUCAGAGUUCUGAAGCUUUUCCUGAAUCCCAUAAGUAUGGAUGGGGCUAUUUUACUUAUCCUGGCUAUCAAGAAGAACCCCAAAUCCAGGAUGGAAGAGCUUGAUAUUUCCAACGUGCUGGUGUCCGAGCAGUUCAUGAAAACGUUGGACGGAGUGUAUGCUGUUCACCCGCAGCUGGAUGUGGUGUUCAAGGCAGUACAAGGCCUCUCUGCCAAGAAAACCAUCUUUUUGUUGACAAACCCCAUGAAACUGAUCCAGAACUAUGCAGACCAGCACAAAAUCACAGUCAUGGACUUCUUCAAGAGCUUGAACCCCACCGGGACAAUGAAGAUGUCUGUGGACGAGUUCCAGAAAGUGAUGAUAGAGCAAACCAAGGUCCCUCUGAACCAGUACCAGGUCAGGGAGGUGAUAAAGAAGCUCGAUGAGAAGACAGGCAUGGUGAACUUCAGUUUCUUGAACACAAUGAAGCCAUAGCAAUAAGUCUGGUCUGGAAAGAAGUCUCGGCAAGAGGAGUCCUGGCAAGUCGGAUGGUGGCAGGAAGGAGAGCAAGAGGUGGCAGAAAUCUCGAUGGACAGAUGCUGUGGCCAGGGCUGGGCACAAGCAAAUAAAGUCUGGCUUGGUUCUGGGCGUCCUGGGCUGCUGGUGGUGUGCCCGUCACCACGGGGGCCACCUUCUGCUUUUAGUGACCACCAGGGGACAUGUCAAUGCAGCCUCGUUAAGAGCUGCACAGACAAAUUUGGAACGUGAUGGGGUUGCUAGGCAGCAGGGAAAGAGCCUCAGAGAGCAGGUCAGAGCACAAGGGUAAUCAUCAUAGUGAUUAAAAAUGGAGUCCAGGGGAGACCUCCAUGGUGGGAGGCAGUGGCAGGGGGAACAGAUGCUGAGGGAAUGAGGGCAGGGGCCUUUAAGAAGCAAACAAAUGCUGUGAGGUCACAAGGAGGGAGCCAGGACAGGAGACCAAGAGAGCGGGCAUCCCAUCCUGGCCACAUGACCUUGGAGUCCCAGUGGCUCCCCUUGAAAAUGGAGCAGCUGAAAUAAAGCCUUCCCAGUCCGUUCUAGGAGUCUAUCAUUCUGCAUUUCGCCUUUAAAUUCCUUGAGAAACUGGGGAGACAGGAAGAGCUUAGUGAAGGAAGAAAAGGAAUAGCCAAGAACAGCAUUCACUGAUUAAGUGGGUGGAACAGGCACCUGUGGGAGUUUUGAUUGAUCUUACCAGACACCAUUGUAGAUUAGCAAGGCAGGAACUUUCUUGUGCCCCUCUGCAGCCCCAUGUAGUGCUUGGCACAUAGUAGAUACUCAAUAAACACCUGUGAAAUGAACAAGCACACUCACCUGGUGAUUGUUUGGGGUAAGUGGUGAAAUGUAGGGAAAGUGUAGGGGGUGAGGAAGGCUGAUAUUUGGUAACCCACACUUUGGCGCACCAGCGAAGGGUCUAGAAACCAAGUCACUAUCCUUUGUGUUUCACUUGGCUUCACCAAGGGUGGAGGUGAACACCAAGACCCCUCCGCACAUGCAGCAGAAUCAUUAUUGGAAAUAAUUUAUGUCCCACUCAUGUGCUGUAUUUCUGCCCUUUCUCUUCCUUAUUAAAGUCUUAGCCGUUGUGAGGUUUAGGGCCAGGAUAGAAGUUUCUAGCAAGACUCAUCCCUCCCUAGUGCACAUUUUUGCCAGCCUAAGCUCACUGGGGAGAACAGAACUGAAGAGAAGAGUGAGAAGGGUGGGCCACAGCAGCCCUCAGAGGAGCUUCCCCAGCACUGCUGGGAGGAGAGGGAGGCCUUCAAGUCUGGCAGGACCUCAGAACAAGUAGCUGAGCUAUGCCCUGGAGGCUGACUCUUGGUCUGGGCUCCCAACCUGGCGGAGCUCCCCUGCCCCAAACAUAGCAUGAGGGCAGCAGAGCAGCAGCUCUGCAGGGACCCCCUGAGCUGGGACCAAAGACCCCCAGCAAUAAUCAGUGUGGACUGGUGACCAAUAGGUAGAGGGCCUCUCCUGACAAGUGAGCACCAUGGAAGCUCAGUGGCACCACCUUGACCAUGUUCCUGAAAUGGAAUUUCCAUCACCUGGGUGGAUUAGGAGCUCAGAGUCCAAAUGAGGACAAUGAAGGGAAUAUAAAGAAAUGUAAAGGCCGGGUUCAGUGACUCACACCUGUAA